CUCCUCCUCCCUUAUGGAUAGAGAGGUCUUAAAUCUCCGGCGGCGUUUUUGUUAAAAACCUUGCAAGCAAAUUACAUCAAAUGUCGUUCACGAUUGCCUCUCUAUCCUCUCCAAACCCUUCUCUCAAUCGCUGUAAACAAUUCGCCUCCCGUACCCAUCUCAACAAUCAACCUCGCUUCAUCGCCUUCCCGUUAUGCGCAUAUUCAAUCCCCCGACAAUCCAUCAAUACCAAUGCCGCCGCCGCCGCUGAUGGUUUUCCAAGAGAAUUUAGUGGCUGCACUUCUACUUUAUUGUUCCGCAGGAGGCUAGGAGGAGGGUUUUGUGCCGUGGCAGGAAAUGGAGAAACUGAAAACACGACAGCUUUUGAUAAGGUCGAGGAAGAACGUCGAAGAGGUAGCACCAUGCCUGAACGGUUCAGGUAUCUGACCAAAGAAGCCCCCGACCGCCCUGUAAGAUGGCCUUGGCUCAUAGCUCUGGUUUUCCUUUUAUACGCCUGGCGUGCUACAAUAUGGGAGUUACAUAACUGGAAACAAGCUUUGGCAAGUAUUGCUGGUUUUUUUAUAGCCCUCCUAAAACUUGCUUUAGCCAUUGUUUUGGAGUUGAUUGGGGAUCCAAUCAUUAGUCUGAUAAGAGGAGUAGAGACGAGUCUGUAUGCUAUUCGAGCUUUCUACUCGGGUAUGUUGGCCUAUACUCCAGUUGGGGAGCUAACGAAAUGUAUAAUUCUAGCAUCUGCUGUACUCGCCAUUGGAGAAGCAGUGGUUCCAGAUUCAGUAAACCGCCAACCUUAUCUUAUAACAGCAGCUGGCCUGUUUGGGUAUGCAGCGGUGAGAAGCUAUAUAUCAGAGCCUUUCUUCUGGACACUUCUAUUUGGACUGUUUGGCUAUGCCCGAAUUGUUAAAAAGAGGGACCUAGUUUCUUCUCUACUCCCCGGUGCAGCUGUGAUGGCUGCGGUUGGACAGCCAUGGGUUAGAGUGGUGGUGAUCGCAUCGUAUGCUGCAUUGGCGGUUAUUCAACAUUCCAGGAAUCCUUCAAAGGAGGAGGAGGAAGUUGAAGGCGGAAGAAAGGUGCCAGUUCCUUUGUUGUGUGCUGCUAUGGCCAUUGGCAUUCGGGUUGCUGCUAAAUGGGCUGGGUAUCGACAUUUGAGAUGGAUGGUAGCUUGACUCGACUCUCUUUUAGUUUAUUUAUUAUAAUGUUCUGUGUUUUUAGUUUUGAUUAGAAACCAGAAGGUGCUUUAGUUGUGUGUUGAGCUUUGUUGUAGUUUUGAUUUGGUUUUGGUUGGAAGAUGAUGUUUUAAAAAUUAUAUUAAUUAAUAUAAUUUAUUGA